AAAUUCAAUCUAUAUUUUAUAUGAUUGCAAUAAAGAUAUUUGUAUGUAUUGUAUGUAUUGUAUAUUAUUUUUCCGUACUUCAUAGUCUGUGCGCUAAGGCAAUUUUUUUUUAUAAACAUGGAUGAUUGUGCAUAAACAAGUAUAUUUACAUAGAGAAAAGCAAAGGCCUAUAGGAACGCAAGUUUUGAAAAGUCACGUCUACUAACUAUCUAUAAACGCUCUUGUUAAUGGUGUACCUUUGUGUUGAAUCAAACAGAAGAGGAAACAAUAACACGGAAGUUUUGUUUUUCUAUUGAAGUCAAAAGGCGUAAGUUAGUUUAUAAUAGGACAGCAACCUAGACGUGUGAUUCCGAGUAAUCCUCUUCAAAUCCGAACUGUUCUCUGUGUAUUCAUCCGCCGUGAUGGCAUCGUAUGAUAGUUAUGCCAGCGAAUAUUAUUCAUCUUGGAACGACACGGAGUACGAAAUAAAUGCACCACCCAAUUUUCCAUCCUUGAUCUUAGCUGUUUUCGGAGUGUUACUGAAUUCUCUACAUGUGUUUUUGGCGUGUAGAAUAUCAAGGAGGAGACAGACGAGUAUCGCUCGACACAGCAUCGCAGUAGGCAUCACAAGCGUUGUGUUUUUGUUCCUUUGUAUCAUUGCUCGCCAAGUUUUUCCAAACUUCGAGAUCGAAGACAUUGGCGUGUGUAGAUUCUACAACUUCGUCGAAAUAAUUUCCCAAUGCAUUGUCAUCAGUAUGCUGAUGCUGAUUAGCGUAGAUAAUUAUUGCGUGGUGAAGAAAGUCACACGUCGCCACACGUUUAUUGCACGCCACUUCUGUGGUCUUCUCCUUUGCGUUUUAUUAGUGUCAUCGUUAAUCGCUUUACCAGUAUUAGUCCGAUCGAAACUUUACCAAAUGAACGGCAAUAAUAAGUCAAUAUGUAUGGGCUUAGAUUUAACUUCCACAUUUGCGAAACAUUAUGAAAUAGUGCGAGCUUGCUUUACAUACGCCAUACCACUGGUCGUAAUCGGAGUUGUCCAUGGAAAGAUGGCUUACAUUUUGGUAAAAAGUGAACGAAAUAUAGCUAAUUUGAGUAUCCGUGGAAGGCGGGAACGAUGGAACGGUCACAUUGCCUCUCGUCGUCGUCUACGAAUCGUGGUCCUACUGCUUGUUCUACUCUUCUCUAUAUGCAACUUCCCGACAACACUAGCGCUUAUCCUUAACCAGUACAAUCUACAACCAUCGUCAUUUUUUCAAUUUAUUUCCGGUUUUCAUAUCUAUUUCAUGCUAAGUUAUGCGAUCUUACAUCCACUAAUUGUGAUUAUUUCAACGCGAUCUAUUCGCGGCGAAUUGUUCAUAACUUUUUCUUCUAGUUCCAAACGAAACUCAGUGAAGUAUCUAUCUCCAACAAAUAAAGAAUGGGAAAUGUCUUGAAAUGAACUGAUUUAAAUUAUCACUCGUGCAACAUUGCUCAUAUCCAUGGAGUGGUCAGUGAGUGUGCGCACGUAUCUUGUGGUACAAUGAUUGGUAGUCAACCCAGAAUUUAGGAGCAUUUAAGAAUAUACUCCAGUUACCAGUUACUAGAGUGAAUUUUUAUUGUAAAUCACUUAAAGUAAGACGAGUAUUAACCUAAACGUAUUCAAACUUUUGCAGACGUGGACCCGCCAUAGCCAGGGUUUGUGCCGUGCUAAGUGUGGACCAGGCUAUAAAAUACUCUUCAUCAUGGCGCUGAGCCGGGCAAAUAAUUUAAUUGGAGACUUUGUCACAAAUCCUAAAGUCGAACUGAUAUAAAGUCGAUAUAACAGUAUUACGUAUAAUUCUAAUUUUCAACUUGUAUAUGAAUAUUUUUAUAUGAGAAUAUCACAAUCUGCACAAUUUGACGUCAAAU